AUGGAUAUUUAGAAAAAUCCAUGGAAGAAAGGGAGUCUUAGACCACUUUCUUCAAAGCAAAAAGAUGAUUAAAAAAGCAAGGAAAGUUCAAAUAAAGAGUAAAAUAAUGGACUGUUGGGUAUGGAAAUCACAGGAACAAAAAUUUCAAAGCAGAGUGAAAAAGGGUUCGCGAAAUUUAUGUAAAAUAAGAUGAAUAGGUCAUAGUAGAGUAACAGAUAAGAUGAUUAGGAGAGUGAAAUUGAAGAAGAAAAGCAUAACAAUGAGCCUUAAAUAUAUCAAAAUUAGCAAUUAAAUGAAACUGGUUACAGUGAAACUUCGAAUAUAUAUAUUGAUGAUUAGCUUGAUGAUUUAGAGUAAAAUAAACCAAGGGGGAAUUUUAAUGAUUAUAUGAGGGAAAAAAUUGAAAAUAAUCCUGAUAAAAAGAAAGUUUAUGAUAAUUUCUUACUGGAUUAGAAGAGAAAAGAACAUGAAGACGAGUUGAAGAAGCAAACAUCCAAGCCUUUUUAAUUUUAAAAAGGAAGAAUGAGUUCUUCUGCUACUGCUUAUUCUAAACAGAGAAGCAACAUUACCACCAACGAUGGGCUUGAAGGAUUGUAAAAUUAUGAGCGCUCAACUGAAUUUGGAUCAAAACCUGAUACUAAAAGUGAAAUAGGAGAUGAUUUUCUGGCUCCUAGUGAUUAUUUAGGAUCUAGAAUUGAGCAGUAAGUGAGUAUAAUGGGAAAUAUAACUGAUGGAUAAAAUCAAAGAAAUACAAAAAUUUAAAAUAAGCCUUUUAAAAUAAGCGAGUUAAAAAGAAAUAGCUCAAGAACUGAAACAGCUGAAUAAGAAAAUAAAAGAGCUCAAUCAUCCUAGCUAUAGCAACAGUCAUCUGAAAUAAAGAAAAAUAGACAAGGUCUUUCAAUAAAGGAGAAAAAAAGACUCCAGCAAGAAGAAGAAAUAUUAAAGAAAAUUAACUCUAAUCAACAAAAUUAGAUAUGGAAAAUAAAUGAUCCUUAAAUUAGAUAGUUAGAACAAUAAUAAAAAAUUUUAAGAGAUAAGAAAAAGGAAUAAGUUGAAAAAAUUGAGAAAUCGUUAAUUGAUAUGGAGAAAAAAAUGACGAAGAGAAAUAAAUUAAAAGUUAUAGCUCUAGUUAAUGGUAAUGACAAUAUGGAAGAUAUGGAUUUUAAUAAACCGAUGACAGAGUAUGAUAUUGAAUUAGCUGAAAAAGAGGGAUAAAUGCAUGAACUUGAGAGACUCGAAAGGUAAUAAAAAAUGCAAGAAUUAAAUGAGUAGAAUGUAGAUGAUUUAACGAAUAUGAGUGCAUCAGAGAUGAGAAAUAGACGUCUAUUUAUUACGGAUUGCUUGAAGAAUAAAAGCAGUAUGCAAUAGAGUUUUUAUUCACAAAUGUCGUAACAAGCUAAUGAGAAUUUAUAAGCUGGUUUUAAUGAGUUUAAUGAGUUCAAUUAGGAAGAAGAGUCUAAAGAGUUAGAAGAUAUGGAUGAGGAAAGCAGUAUUCACGAAGUUAGUAAUGGAAAUAAUUAGCAUAUCAUUAAUAGGAAUAUUUUAAAUGCCUUCAAAACUUAAAAGUAGCAAGCUGAGUAUGGGAUUGAAAACUUCUUGAAUCCUGAAGUUAGAGAAAGGCUUAGCUAACUGCUGAGUGGAUGUGAGGAUUUUGAUUUGAAAAAAGAAGAAGAAAAGCUAAUUGAAUAAGGAAACCCAUUUGGGUUGACUGAAGAGUAGUAAAAAGAGUUAAAAAAUAUUCAAAAAAACUUAGAAAAAAUUAAAAUGGAUGACAACACAAUUUAGCAAAUUUUAGGGCAUGAGCUUUUUUCAUUGAAAGACGCUAUUUUACCAAAAGAUCCUCAGCUAAGAGACUAAGCAGAAAUAAAAAUUCUUAAAGAAAAGAUGAAUUCAGUGAAUGAAAGACUUAGAGAUUUAUUUGAUGUAGAGAAAAGAAAAGAAGCGAAGAGCAAAGUUGGUAGCAAAGUGGAGAAAAUUAAAAUACAAAAUUUAGUUUAGCAGCUUAUUGAAUAAAAUGGAAAUGCUGAACCAACAAUCGAAAUCUAGAAUCUCAUAUCAGACUUUGAAGAAAAUUAACAUUUACUUGAAGAGAGCAAAAGAAUAAUUUCUGAUUUGCAAGGAUAGGACAUUGAAAAAGAAGUAGGGGAAUAUAAUCAGAUAUUAUUAGAGGCAAUUGAGAUUCAGAAAAAAUAUGAAGAAAUGCUUGAUUUAAAUACAUAAAAUGCAUUGAUGGAAGAAUAGCAAGAUAUAAUAAAAUCUUUCAAAGAUAAAUUUGAUGAAAUUUAUUAAACCCAAAAAGAAAUUGAAGAGAAAGAAAAAAAAUUCGUUUAGGUUGUAAAAGAAAAUAACUUAGCUGAUUUGCUGGGAAUGUAAUUCAAUGAACAUAAUGAUGACUAUGAAAUAGAAGAUAUUAAUUAGGUCAUGAAAGAUGAAGAAUAAAAACUUUAAAGAGAAAUUGAAGCAGAACUGUAACGAAUAUAAAAGAAAUAUGAUCAAUUUGAUGAAAAUUUAAUUGAUUAAAAGUUACAAGAAAUGUAUGAUUAUGAUGCUAUGAUUACAUAAAAGCUUAAUGAAAUUAAUCCAAAUUUAUUGGAUGACCUCAGAGAAUCAGUAUUAAAGUAGUAAGAAGAAGUAGAAUAGUAAAGAUCCUAAGUAUUUCAAAGAAAUCCCUAUAGAGAAUAUGAAUUAAGUUUAAACUAAGACUAAGAUGAUUUAUAAUAAUAAAUAAGUGAAGAGUAGGAUGAGAAUAUUACUCAUAGUUAAUACUAUGAAGAACAAGAAGAAGAUACAAAUAACACCCUCAAAAUUUAGCUUGAAAAUAAUUUUAAUGAAGAAUAAAUUUAAGAAACCAUAAAUAUCCUAGAAAAGAGACAAAGAGAGAAAGAAGAAAGAGAGAGGAAAAAAUAGGAAUAUUUCAAUAAAAUGUAACAAGUAAAAUAGCAUGAAUAAAUUGUAAAUGAAUUAUAGGAAAAAUAAGAAAUUAAGUAAGUUGAAAAUUUUUAAAUGCUAUAAGAUUCUCUAAUGCAGUAAGAAUCAAUUGAAACUAACACAAAUUCAAUCAACCAAAGUUCUAAAAACAGAGAUGAAAGGCAAUUUGAGUUUGAAGACAGCUUAGAAAUGUGA